UUCCCUUAAACCCUACCCUUCUUAAAAUCACCAAUAUUCUGCAGCCCUGUUUUCGCUACAAUUAACCUAACCCCCAAAACGCCCAAUGCCCUAGAAAACCCCACCUCAAAAAAACAUGGCAAAUAUGCGUAUUCAACAACUUCCAUUAUCAUUCUUCAUUAUCACCCUUUUCACCCUCUCGCUUUCAAUUCAAAUCUGUGUCUCAUAUUCUAAAGAAUCUGCAACUAUCUAUGAAAUCCUCAGAUCAAACGGCUUGCCGAUUGGUUUGUUACCAAAAGGUGUGACCAAUUUCACUUUUGAUGAUUCGGGUCGAUUUGAGGUGCAUUUGGAUCAAGCUUGUAAUUCGAAAUUCGAGAACGAAUUGCACUACGAUCGGAAUGUUUCUGGUAAGUUGACUUAUGGUCAGAUCGAUGGAGUUUCGGGAAUUUCUGCUCAGGAUUUGUUCAUGUGGUUUACGGUUAAGGAAAUUCGGGUCGAUAUACCCAGUUCCGGGUUGAUUUAUUUUGAUGUGGGUGUUGUUCAUAAACAGUUCUCUUUGUCGUCGUUUGAUACACCAAGGGAUUGUUUGGCUUCUACUAUGUCGAUUUAUAAUCAGCUCAUCACUCAAACUGUGCCUAAGAGCCUAUCAAGAAAACUCAGACACCAAAAGCUCCACCAUCAAGAACCAUCAAUGGCGGUUUUAUGAAUUUGAACUCAUUGGGUGCACAAAAGUUGAUUCAAAUUGGCAACAAUAUCUCAAUCAAGUUAAUGGGUAUUUCCAUUCUUUGUAUGUAUAUGUUUUCUUGAGAAGAUCCAAGAAUCUUGUGGUGUUGCUUUUUGGGGGUUUUCUUUGUAUAGUAUAUUAUAGAGUCUGCAAACAAGUUUGAAAUCAACAUUUUUGAAGAACAUAAUGCAGAAGGAAAGCGAAUUCGAAAAGUAUACGUAUUGGAGCAAGAAAUCAAAAGGUUGUAUGUAUAUCCGGUUAUCAUACGAAUUUAUUUUUACGUUGUUCCGAUUCAUAGUUAAGAAAAUAAAAUCGUUCAUUCGUGUAUGAACCUUGUUUUUCUGUAAAAUGUCAAGUAUUAGCUCAUGAGGUAUGCCUACUUCUUGAUCAAAUGAAUAAGGAAAUAAGUUGGAUCUUUUGU